AUGAAGUGGCAUUCGUUCCUAUCAGCUUCAUUUCUCCUAGGCACCGUCAUUGCCGCCGAUCCGGUACAUCAAAUCCCCGAGCCGACUAAAUACCGCCUCAUGGUCACGACGCACGGCGACGUUAAAGACAUCGACGACAAUUACCUGUCCUGUGACGUAGAGGGCAAUGUCGGGAUAUUUGGCACCGAGCGAGAGCCCAUCCUAAUCCACGACAUCAUGCCCGGGAAGAAGUCCGACAACUUGGUCUUCUUCGACACCCGCCCCGGAGACGAACUAUUCCACGGCCUAAGCCUUCUCGGAUGGCAGGGCAACAUGCACCUCAAGGAUAUCUUGUACCCAAACCGUUUUCGACCAGAAAACGACACCGAUAUAUACACCCCAGACACCUAUUCGUGGAACGAGUUCUGGUUUACCGAGGGUAAGAACGGCAUGAAGGAGCUGUUCUGGGGCGCCAAAGGAGAGCACCCCGGAUGGGUCGCAGUACCCUUGGGAGAUGCGACUUAUUUCAUUAGGUGGUAUGAUGAAACAGGUUCGUACACGGUCGCGAAGGGUUGGGUCCCCGUGAAAGUCUAUCUGCAGCCGUUCGAAUUGUGA